UCAGUAUCAAAAUAUUUUGCAUGCGACGCUCGAGUAUCACAGGCACGGUUUCGUCGCGAUGCUGAGAUGUCUUCGUCGGUUGGUAGUUCCACAAUUUUCUUGUUCUUCCUCAUUUUCGCGAGCGUUACAAAGUGCUGGGAUCUCGAUGAAGCUGAAAAGAAAUUAGACCAACUCGUGGGUGGCAAAUCGUUGAGGAGCCCACGUAAUUCGAAGGAUGUUUCGCCAAUUUGGAUGGACUACGAAUUCAACACUGGAGCUGGGAAUAGAGAAGAGUUAGUCGUGACCGACAUUUCCGUCCACGAAUACACGAAUCUUCCAGAAACGGGGACGAAUUGGCAAUUCUUGGAGGUAAACGACACCGGUUACUUGGCCCGUACCGAAAGAUCGAUCCUCUGGCUCCACCAACUCGACUCAAACGGCGCUUUGACCGACGAACCGGCAAUUUUGAACAUCGGAGGUCUCAUACUAGCGUUCAAAGUGAUCGGUCUGAGCAGUUUUUCAUUAAUAGCUAACCCGGAAAUUGACGUGGUGGUCGUUUUGUGCGUGGCGUCGGACACUGGGACGUCGCUACAAUGGUACAGACUUGUCGAUGGAAAGUUCUCCAAUAUUUUCUGGUCAUGGCCCGUGCAGAAGCACGUGAAGGACAUGGAGUUCGUCCAACAGGGAAAUUUAAACAAACUGCUAAUACUAGACGAGAACGAAAUGCGUUUUGGGAAGCAAUAUUCGCAUAUCGACGUGUACGGUUUCAGCAUCGACUUUUCCACCAGUGUCUUCCACCUGUGGCUCUGUCAGAGGAUACCCGUGCCAAGAGUGUUCGAUAUUCGAGUGUGCCCAGCGUACGAAGGCCUCCUCUUCGCUCUUCAGGGUGUCAACGAUGUCUUCUUGUACGAGUACAGAGACCCUGUAGUGGGUAAUAUCCUCCAAGUGAUUAAAUCGCUCGAUCUGAAGAACUUUGUUUGCUUCGAGAGUGGUAAUCUUCAAUUUCUAGCGAUAUCAGGACCGGAAGCUGGCCUGUUUCACCUCAUCGAGGGUGAAUUUCAGUAUAACACGGAGUCUGACUCGAGCUUUGAUGUUUCAGAUAUUUCUUGGGUGAAAAACAUCAGAUUGAACACGUACAGGGACGAAUCGUUAUUACUGAUCCAGCUGCGAAACUACUCUGUGAUCGCUUCAGGCUGGCAAGGAACAAGCUUUAAAAGAAUACAGUUGCCCAGCAAUAUCCUCGACAAAUUCGACCUGUCCACGGUUACUGUCAUUCCCAAAUUUGGAUUCGUUCAGGGUAAUCGGUUCGUGAAGUUCCAUAUCGAUCUGCGGAAUCUGAAACACCCGAUUCAGCAUACCACGGAGAGGCUGUUGACCCUCCAGACCUUGCUGAACGACACGCUGAACCGUCAAGAGAGGAUUUUGGACGAGACAGAGGAGCGCCUCGACCAGAGUUACUUGAAGAAUCCCAUAGUCACAGGAUUUUGGAAAAUCCGCGAAGCGAACGUGACGAACGCGACCAUAACCGACGAUGUGAUCUACAGUUCGGUGACCCUUGGAUCCACCAACCUGACCGGAGAAGAAUUGAGCUUCGACGUGGACAGUUACGCGAAAAUAUUGCAAGAUUUGGAAAGGAAGCUCGAUGAAAUCGAUGAGAGUUUAAUGGACGCCUUGGACUCCAACUCAACGCAGUUGCACUUCGACUCCGAUGUUGAAGUAUUUGGAAAUAUCGACGUCACUGGCAACUUGAACGUCGAGGAUCUGUCUGUGCAAAUAAUUAACGACGUCGAUGUUCUGAAUGAUUUUCCAUCUGGUAAAGGUAAUGUGAUCGAAGACAAGAUGACGUUCUCGUUCAUUGAAGCUCAAAAUUUGACCAUUUACGCACUGAAUGGUGUCCCGGUGAAGAACAUUCGCUUUGGCAAUUUGAGAAAAGAUUAUAGCGAGGUGAAUUUCUCGAGGAUAAAUCGAAUGGAAGUCAAGGAACACCUUUUCGUCGAGUCGAUUAAUAACGUUAACUGGGAAACGUUAAUGAGGAGCAUCGUGUGGAAAGACAAACCCGCAGUGAUUCCUGGUGACACCGUCAUCGAAGGGGCGCUGAUCGCCGAUGAUACAUACUUAGAUUUCCUAAACGAUCUUCGGUAUCCGUUCGACUACAUCUUGCACAACUAUAUGGCUAACGUGAACGUAACAGGCUCGAAAUCGUUUGAUACCUUAGUCGUCGGACGUUUGGAAAUCGUGAAAACCCUAAACGGCAUUGACUUCGAGGAUUUCAUCAUUUUAAACAAGGAGAACGUUCUGACCGAGGAAAUCACUUUUGAAAAGUUGACAGUCGAAGGUUCCUGCCGCAUCGAUGGUGAAAUCGAGGGGUUAGCCAAGAAAAAGAUAAAACUGUUGAACGAAACCUCCGAUGUUGAGGCAGACAUCAUUUUCACGGAUAUAACAGUUUUGGGAAAUGUCACGUUUGAUAAGUUGUUCGUGAACAAACGACCUUUGAAUUUCGAGGAUUUGUUAUUAAAAACGGAAGAGAAUGUCAUGAUCACGGGAACCAAAACGUUUCUGAGGGAUGUUUGUAUGACAUCCAACGUUACCAUUACGUCUGGUAUCAUCAACGGACAUUUUAUGAACGAAUUCGUCACUUUGGACACGGAUCAGGAACUGCCAAAUUUAAUCAAAAUAUUAGCAGACGUCACUUUUGGAAACGUGACGUUUGGAGCCACGAGGAAGCUGGAGGCAUUUUUCAGAGAGAACUCAAACUCGUCCACCAACUGUUUGGAAAAGAUUAUAGUGUUCAAGUCUCCAAUCACCUUGGAUGGAUUGUCUUUUGACAGCUUAAACGCUAACGUCUCGCAAGAGGAGUUUGCUCGAAAAUUGAACGAAACGUUCCAGAAUAUUCCUUUGGAAAACUUGACGACGGAAACGUUGGUAGCCGAGGAGAUCAUUCCUAGACUCGUAAACGGUGUCGAUUUCAAAAAAUUCAUCGAUCACUUGGAUACUUCGAAUAUUAUAAAUGAGUACACCGUUGACAAUCUGGAAACUGACCGAUUGGAUGUGAAAUUCAUCAAUGGAAUGUCUUUGGAUGAAAUCAAUCUGUUGAUGGACCGUCUGAAUAAGCUUCUGACAGAUCUUUCCAAUGGAAAUGUGACUCUGGAGACUCUUCGAGUCACAGGGAAGAUCGACGCGAAGUCCAUCAACGGACAAGUCCUGCAAGAUUUGUACAAUCCGGAUGAAAUGGGAACGAUGAUCUUCAAGGAAAACCUCUCCAUCCAGAACUUGACCAUUUUUGGAUCGGCGAAUGGAUUCGAUUUUCUGGAACGCGUUUCUGACACGGUGCUAAAAACCGAUAGGAACAUUGAGGUCACUGGACUCAAGAUAUUCAAUACGGUUAAUUGCUAUCAGCUCGAAAUGAAUUCGAUAAACGAGCAUCCUGUGGAGAAUCUACUCGAUCCUUUUAAGGAUCAGGUGCUCACGGGUCCUGUCGUUGUAAAUGGGUCAGUGACGGUUCUCAAGGAGUUCAAAACAACUGGAAAUAUCGGUAGCGUACCGUUCCGAGAUCUGAUGGGCAGAUUCAAGUCUCUAGGGAAUAAUACCUUCGAAAUUCACGGAGAAGUUCGUUUCUCGCCAAAUCUAACCAUAGAGAACCUCUUCGCGAAUGAAUUAAUUCAGGGAAUAGACUUGGACAGCUUCCUGAAGACAGUGGUGUUCACGAACGAGGACAACGUCACGAUUUCUGGGACGAAAGUAUUCGAAAACCUUGUCACAUUCAACGACUCGUUCAUCGUACAGGAUAAAUUGAACGAUAUAGAUCUGAAGAAAUUUUGGAAGAAGGCUGUCUUCGUUGACAAGCCCUUCUCCAUUCGAUCGAAAAUUGUUUUCAAGGAUGGAAUGAAAAUAGAGAAGGAACUCACAGUUAAGACAGACUUCGAUCCGAAAUCCAUCAUGGGAGUCGACAUAAAUGAGUUGAAACUCGAUGUUCUGUACUUGAACAGGCCUACUUACAUCAAAGAUACCAUCACAUUCGCCAACGUGAAUUUCCAAUCGGAUAUCGAAGUCUCGAAGUUCAACGACCUGGACAUGAGACUGUUGAUACCGCUGAAAACCGAUCAAACGAUACCAGUAGAGGUUCUUAAAUGUCGCAACGUCACCGUCGAGAACAUCAAAGUUUUAGGAAAAGUUAACGAAGAGGACUGGAAAACAUUCCGAGAGAACACUCUCAUGGUAUUAGGAAACCAGAGCAUAACGGGACACAUCAAUUUCCAUGGACACGUUCACACGCGUCGUAAUUUCAACGCGCAUCUUCUCAAUGGCAUUGAUCCAACGAGGAUCAUCUCUUUGAAUUCCAAGAGCAACCUAACUGGAAACUUCGUAUUCGAGAAACCAGUCGUUAUCAAUCAAGGUUUCCGAGUCUUGGGUUACUUAAACGGCAUAGAUCUUAAUCGAUGGGAAGCAGUGGCUGUCACCACCAACAACUUCUUUCAGCAAAUCAUCUCUGGCAAGUGGACCGUGGUUGGUAACGUUCACUUUAAAAAGGGAGCUUCAGGAAGCGAUUAUUUGAACGGCACCAAUCUCGUUCAGCUGUCACACUCUUUGGCCAAGAGUCAUUUGGGAAUGGACGGUCUGAUGUCGGAAACGAAUGAGAACUUGAACAGCGUUUGCGAGGACCUGAGUCAUCUGAAGCACUACGCUGAGAAUCAGGUUUACAAGUUCAGCUCGUUCGACUACAUGCAGAUCAUCGAGUUCGGCAGCAGGAUCGUUAGUCUUCACUACUUCGAAUUGCACGAUUUGGACUAUUUGAUGAUAAGCUACGACACCUGUGAGAUGCAUAUGUACUUGUUCACUGGAACGCAAUUCGAGCUGGUCGUGAACGUGACCGAUUUUGGAGUGGUCGAUCAAUGGAGUACGUUCAAUCAUAAACGGGCUGUGUAUUUUAUCACAUCAGGAAACAAUUCCUGUGGGAGAAGUUCCGUGAAUCUGUGGAAACUCGAGAACGACGAGUUCACACACGUUUUAAGCCUUGGAAAGAGGAUAAAUAACAGGAGCGUAGGACAGGACGCUUUUCUAAUGUUGACAAGGGAUAACGAUGAGAAACAAUUCCAAGAACGAGUGAACAAAGAAUUGGAAAAAACUCUGUCGACACUCCCAGAUGACCUGAAAGCCAUUUUGCAGAAUAAUCAAGUACUGUUGAAUAGUAGACACGCUUAUAAAUACAACGUGGAUUUUUUGAACGGUUCGAGGGUUUGGGAACGUUCUAAGAAUUCUGAGAAUCUGAAAUUUAGGGCAGGGGUAUUCGAGAAGCAGAUGUUUCUAUACUUUAACGAGGAAGUUAGCAAGGAUCGGAUAUUCAUUUGCAACAAUGGCGGGCCACAAACUAAGAUCUUGCAAACGAUAAAAGCUCACAGACCAACAUCGUUCUCGAUUCUCAAUUUCCAAGGGUUGAUCGAGACGUUGCUAGUCUUCGUCGAAAAUGGAAAGGACCUUCGAAUUUACGAAUACAAUGGGAUCCAAGGCUUUGUAUAUAGAUACAGCAUAAGAAUAAACAUCGAUAAACUAAUCAGUUUCAAAGUUAGAAAGCAUCCUAAUUUGGCAAAACGAUACUGCCUCGCCACGAUUCAUGCUAAUCGACUAACAAUUUUGGAAGCGAAGAUGUAUGGUGAAAAGUUAGAUAUGGGAACGUUAACGUGUUCGGGACGUUAAAAUUUAUUAAAAGAUGAUGGACAUUAAAAAUAUUAUCGAAAUUCGAAACGUGUUUUCUAUAAGUUAUUUAUUUAAUUAUUUAUUAUAUUUGAUUAUACAUGAAAUCUUAAAACUAAUUUGUGAACUAACACUGUAUGCUUGCAUGUAACUACUGUUAAUAUUUCGUUAUUAAUACUGUAGAGAAGGAUUCUCUAAUAAGUGCCACCCGA